CCUUGCCUUAAUGCGGAGCUAUUAAUACUGGUCCUGAGGGACCUGGCCCACCAGCAGAGGCGGCUCGUACCCUAGAUUUUAGGCAGAGCUCCGCAGAGGACCGCACAGGAUCCCAAUUCUGCACGGGACAGAGAAAGAAUCAGGAGAAACUGGGGCAGCCGUGGGGAAGGGCUGUGAGGAUGAUCAGGGGUGCGUAGCCUUGAGGAAAUGUGACCGAGAUACAGCAGAAGAUGAAGAUGAAUCAGGGUUGCAGGACACCGGAAAAUGGAUCCCGCCGGCAUCUUUGAACUGGUGGAAGUGGUCGGCAAUGGGACGUAUGGGCAGGUCUACAAGGGCCGCCAUGUCAAGACAGGGCAGUUGGCUGCCAUCAAAGUCAUGGAUGUCACCGAGGAUGAAGAAGAAGAGAUUAAGCAGGAGAUCAACAUGCUGAAGAAGUACUCCCACCAUCGCAACAUCGCGACCUACUAUGGGGCAUUUGUUAAGAAGAGCCCCCCUGGGAAUGACGAUCAGCUCUGGCUGGUGAUGGAGUUUUGUGGGGCCGGCUCCGUGACUGAUCUGGUGAAGAACACCAAGGGCAACGCCCUGAAGGAGGACUGUAUUGCGUACAUCUGCCGGGAGAUCCUCCGGGGAUUGGCUCAUCUCCAUGCACACAAAGUGAUCCACCGAGACAUCAAGGGGCAGAAUGUGCUUCUUACUGAAAAUGCUGAGGUGAAGCUGGUUGACUUCGGAGUCAGCGCCCAGCUGGACCGCACGGUAGGGCGUCGGAACACGUUCAUCGGUACCCCUUACUGGAUGGCGCCAGAAGUGAUUGCCUGCGAUGAAAACCCUGAUGCCACGUAUGACUACAGAAGUGACAUCUGGUCCCUGGGAAUCACCGCCAUCGAGAUGGCCGAAGGAGCACCACCCCUGUGUGACAUGCAUCCCAUGCGUGCUCUCUUUCUGAUCCCUCGCAAUCCGCCACCCAAGCUGAAGUCCAAGAAGUGGUCCAAGAAGUUCAUUGACUUCAUUGACAACUGCCUGAUCAAAGCCUACCCCAGCCGCCCCCCCACCGAACAGCUGCUCAAGUUCCCCUUCAUCCGGGACCAGCCCACCGAGCGGCAGGUCCGCAUCCAGCUCAAGGACCACAUCGACCGCACCCGCAAGAAGCGGGGGGAGAAAGAUGAGACGGAGUACGAGUACAGCGGCAGCGAAGAGGAGGAUGACGGGCGUGGCGAGGAAGGAGAGCCGAGCUCCAUCAUGAACGUCCCUGGGGAGUCCACACUGCGCAGGGAGUUCCUCCGCCUGCAGCAGGAGAACAAGACCAACUCCGAAGCCCUGAAGCUGCAACAGCAGCUGGCCGCCCAGCACCGCGACUCCGAGGCCCACAUCAAGCACCUGCUGCACCAGCGCCAGCGGCGCAUUGAGGAGCAGAAGGAGGAGCGGCGGCGAGUGGAGGAGCAGCAGCAGCGCCGGGAGCGGGAACAGCGGAAGCUGCAGGGGAAGGAGCACCAGCGGCGCCUGGAGGACCUGCAAGCGAUGCGCCGGGAAGAGGAGCGUCGGCAAGCGGAGCGGGAGCAGGAGUACAUCAGGCACAAGCUGGAGGAGGAGCAGAGGCAGCUGGAGAUCCUCCAGCAGCAGCUUCUGCAGGAGCAAGCCCUGCUGCUGGAGUACAAGCGGAAGCAGCUGGAGGAGCAGCGGCAGUCUGAGCGGCUGCAGCGGCAGCUCCAGCAGGAGCACGCCUACCUGAAGUCCCUGCAGCAGCAGCAGCAGCAGCAGCAGCAGCAGGAGAAGAAGCCGCUCUACCACUACGCCCGCAGCAGUGCUGCUGACAAGCCCGCCUGGGCCCGCGAGGUGGAGGAGCGGAGCUGCGCGAACAAGGAGAACUCGCCCUCGCUCCCAGCCAAGGCCAAGCCGGCGGGCCCAGGUCCAGAUGCCGCCCCCCAGUCCUGCACCGAGCCGGGGUCGCUCGCCUUGUCCUCGCAGACGCCCCCCAUGCAGCGCCCUGUCGAGCCCCAGGAGGGGCAGCACAAGAGCCACCUCGCCCACCGCGUCCCGCUCAAACCAUACGCUGCCCCCGUCCCUCGCUCCCAGUCGCUGCAGGACCAGCCCGGCAAGAAUGUGGUUGCCUUCCCUGCCCAUGACUCCGCCUCCUCUGUCCCGCCCCCUCCUCGAGCGGGCAUGAUCCGGCAGAACUCUGACCCCACUUCUGAGGGGCCUGCCCCACAGCCAUCCCGGCCCGCCGCCGAGCAGCGAGGACCCUGGGUCAAAAUGGACCCCGAUGGCCCCCCCCAGGUGCCCCAGCGGACGUCCUCCAUAGCAACUGCCCUCAACACCAGCGGAGUGACCAGUGGCAGUGGCACGCGGCCUGUCCACGCUGUCCGAGCCAGUAACCCAGACCUCCGGCGGAGCGACCCCGGCUGGGAGCGGGCGGACAAUCUGCUGCCGGCGUCAGGGGCUGCCAACCUGCCCCAGGCGGGUUCCCUGGAGCGCAACCGCGUAGGAGCUCCCCUGAAGCUGGAGAGCUCCCCCGUCCUGUCCCAAGGAAGGAAGGUCAAAGCAGAGGACCAUCGCUCACGGCCGGGGCGGCCAGCAAGCUAUAAGCGGGCAAUUGGUGAGAAUUUUGUCCUGCUCAAGGAGCGCCCAGAGGAGGCAGCCCCCAAGCCACUCAAGAAGGCCCUGGAGUACUCCUCCUCCAGCGAGGAGAUCGACUCCAGCGAGGAGGAGGAGGAGGAGGAAGAGGAGGAGGAGGCGGGCGAGGGGGAGCGCUCCGAGCCCUGCACGACCACCCCUGGGGCCAGGGACGGAGACACGGACUCGGUCAGCACCAUGGUGGUGCACGACGUGGAGGAGUUGACGGGGGGUGGCAGUGGCGGCUCAGAGAGCUCCUACGGCGAGGGCACCAUGUUGGUGCAGCGGACCCCCGAAGAGGAACGUGGUCUCCUGCACAGCGACAGCAACGGCUACACCAACUUGCCUGACGUGGUUCAGCCCAGCCACUCGCCCACAGAGGCCAAAAGCAGCAAUGGAUCUUCUUCGCCCGCCAAGGACGCAGCCACUGACUACCAGUCCCGGGGGCUCGUCAAGGCUCCUGGCAAAAGCUCCUUCACCAUGUUUGUGGAUCUGGGCAUCUAUCAGAGCUCCCCUGGGGGAGGAGACACCAUCCCCAUCACUGCGUUUGACCCUGGACGGUUGGAGCAGCUGCAGCUGGAGGCCCGGAAGGGCUCCGUGGUCAACGUGAACCCCACCAACACGCGGCCCCACAGCGACACACCGGAGAUCCGCAAGUACAAGAAGCGCUUCAACUCCGAGAUCCUCUGCGCAGCACUCUGGGGAGUGAACUUGCUGGUGGGCACUGAGAAUGGGCUGAUGCUCCUGGACCGCAGUGGGCAGGGCAAGGUCUACAGCCUCAUCAACCGCCGCCGCUUUCAGCAGAUGGACGUCUUGGAGGGCCUCAACCUCCUGACCACCAUCUCAGGGAAGAGGAACAAGCUGCGGGUCUAUUACCUCUCCUGGCUGCGGAACAAGAUUUUGCACAACGACCCUGAAGUCGAGAAGAAGCAAGGCUGGACCACUGUGGGGGACAUGGAAGGCUGCAUUCACUACCGCGUGGUGAAGUACGAGCGGAUCAAGUUUCUGGUGAUUGCGCUCAAGAGCUCGGUGGAGGUCUACGCCUGGGCACCGAAGCCCUACCACAAGUUCAUGGCCUUCAAGUCCUUCGCUGACCUGCCUCAUCGGCCGCUGCUGGUGGAGUUGACAGUAGAGGAAGGCCAGCGGCUCAAGGUCAUCUACGGGUCGUGUGCCGGUUUCCAUGCCAUUGAUGUGGACUCAGGAAACAACUAUGACAUCUACAUCCCAGUCCAUAUCCAGUCUCAGAUCACCCCGCACGCCAUCGUCUUUUUACCCAACACGGAUGGGAUGGAGAUGCUUCUCUGCUACGAGGAUGAGGGUGUCUACGUCAACACCUACGGGCGCAUCAUCAAGGAUGUUGUCCUGCAGUGGGGGGAGAUGCCCACCUCCGUUGCGUACAUCUGCUCCAACCAGAUCAUGGGCUGGGGAGAAAAAGCCAUCGAAAUCCGCUCAGUGGAGACAGGGCACCUGGACGGCGUCUUCAUGCACAAGCGGGCCCAGCGGCUGAAGUUCCUGUGCGAACGGAACGACAAGGUGUUCUUCGCCUCGGUCCGCUCGGGCGGCAGCAGCCAAGUCUACUUCAUGACACUGAACAGGAACUGCAUCAUGAACUGGUGAAGCAGGCCGCUCAUCCUGCUCUCUGCCCGGCGCCAGCCAGCCAGCUGAGGGAGUCGCCGGGAGGGAAGUCGGGUGGGCCGUCCCAGCAGCCACUGAGGAGGGUGAGGCUCCUGGGGCAGGCCAGCUGGGGGAAGGGGCUCUUGGCAGUCGGAGCCUCAUCCUGACAGAGCCCCCGUGCCCCGCCCCGGCGCCUCCCCCGCCACUCGCUGUCUUGAACUGGAGCAAGAACAACCCUCAUCCCAACUGCAUGGGGGGGGGGAAGAGAUGAUGAUGAUGAUAUGAACGGCACCCCCCUGCCACAUACCCUCACACUCAUGCGCACUCAGCCUUCUGGCACUGUUCUGUUCCUCCACCAGCUUUGACCCAGGCACCGCGGUCCUGAAGGCCCUUCCUCCCAAGGAGGCUCUCCUCUGCUCUCCGGGAGUCCUGGGGGCAGUGCUGGCUGUCCCCUGGGGACAGGGGGUGGGGGGAGCUGUUCUUCCUCCUCCUGGCCCCCAGCUUUGGGCUCAACAUGGAUGUAUAUCAGAAUUCUCCCCCACCCAACCAAGAGGGGGGCUGUGUAUAUUUUGCUUUAAUUAUUCUUUUGUAAUGGCAAUUUAAGUAAUUAACUAAUGAAGCACUUUAAUGGCCCAGCUCAUCAGGGUGGGCACGGGGCACCCGCAGGGGCCUGGGCCACAUUCCCCGCUCUCCUCCUCCUCCUCCUCCUCCUCCUCCUCCCGUGAGGCCUCUGCUGGCCUUAAGAGCGGGUGGGGGGCCUCUCCUUCUCCCAGGCAGGAGGGGGUGCUCUCCGCUCUCCUCCUCCUGCUGGCUCCCCCACCCCCUCCUCCAUUUUGGUUAGGCUUGGGGUGCUUCCACAGGGCUUACUCUGGUGAUCCGCUGGUGCAGACGCAGGCCAGGAAAAGGCUCCUGUUUGCAACUGUUCUUGGGCAACUUGAUUUCUUGUGCAGUUCGCUUGCAUUUGUAUAUAAUCCCCUCCGCAACCUCUCUGUGGAAAAAGGGGGCCACCCCACCCGCCAGGAAUCAGCGGGGGCUUUGGCAUUUCAUCUCUUGAUAAAAGAACCAAAAUCUGUGAUC